AUGGUCUCCUUCCUCGUAGUCGCGGCGCCACAUCUCAUACCAUGUCCCGUCGACCCGCGGACGCUCUCCGCAGACUCCGCAGAUCCCACCAACCCAAAUAGGAGGCGGCGGAGACGGAAGGUGCCAGAAGAGGAGACGUGCAAUGAAGCCAUGGGCCAGGAUCUUAGGAAUAAGAUGCUGUUGGACGAGAAGCUAGCACCAAAGCGCGAAUGUCCUUUGCCGAAGCCAGGCGGGCUGAUUGGCCAGGUGCUCGGCUUGAAGGAGGAGGGCGGCGACGUUGAGAGGAUCUCGAUCAAGACUCGGGUCGAGCAGGCGAGGAUAGAGGCACAGUCGAAAGACGAGGACCAAUAA